AGGCUGCCUAGAAAUGGAAAUGCAGGGAUGAGAGCGGAACAAAAGAGACAGAGUGGCACACCAGCGAGGAGGUGGAAGCCAGACGUACUAUUUGUGUCAGGUGUAACAUUGACUGAAACAAAGAACUGAAGCGCUUUUCCUCCCUCGCUUGUCAUUUGCAUAUCAUUACCUCUGACAUAUGAAAGACCCGAACCUGAGCUGACAACAAGAGAGAGAGAUUGGAACUGAAUAAUUCAUGGGGUCAAAGUACAAUUUCAUAUCACAGUCUUUCGUUGUCUUUGAUAAGACUUGGCUGUGGGAACAAGAGACUGACAGGUGUAAUGGAUUGUUUCACGGCAAGCAGAUCUUGUUUGAAUGGGAAUGAAUGAGCACGGUAGCCCAUCAUUUCCCAUAUUGAGUAUCAGCAAAUCAGGAGUGGGGAAGAAUAUUACCAUCAGGGGCCAUUCGACUCUGUCGAGGGCCUUACCAAAUCUAUGAAAAAGUGUAAUAGUUUCUUAUAAAUGUUAUUUAUGGGCAGAACAGUGGUUAGCACCGUUAUAAUAAUCAAGUCUAGUGGGGAUUAAAGCAAGGGUUUCACAAUAGCUUUGAAAAAGUCAGAUUUUUGGAUCCACUCUAUCAAAUUGUCAUGGUAAUAAAAUUAUUCCCAGGUGAUUUUAAGUGCUGCAUCAUUUUGCGAUUUUGCUGGUUUGUGACGAUGUUUGAUCUGACGAAAUGUACUUUUUCACGGAAAAACAGGCAAAUUCAUUGCAUUUAUAUUAUAAUGGUUGUUUCACUCUUUGUAUCCUGCUACUGGCUGGUGAACAUCAGUCAGCUGGGAUGAGGUCCAACUCACUUUGCUUUUUAAGUUUUUUUUAAAUACUGAAUAAUGAGCGUUUGUGGCUUAAAUGUUUUACAACAGUUCCUCAGAGGUUCCACUUGUUUUUUGAAUUGCGUGGGUGAAAUGCUUCCCCAAGCGAUAGGGUUCCACACCGUGGUCUAAACCAUCGUUUGCGGACCAUUUAUGAGCACACCCAACAAUCUUCUCAUGAUACAAAUGUGCCACAUCACAUUUGUUGGGAAUCACUGCUCUAAACGAUGCACUGUUACUACUUGUGUGCACAGGCGAGCACUUGAGGCUCUGUCCUCAGGACUACACCUGCUGCUCCAGUCAGAUGGAGGAAACGCUGGCGCUUCAGAGCGAACGGGACUUCCUGAAAUCCGUGGAAAACCAUAGCCAGUUCCUGUUGACCACCUUCACCCAAAGACAGCGACGGUUUGACGAGUUCUUCAGGGAGCUGAUAGACUUGUCUGAGAAGUCCAUGAACCAGAUGUUCACCAAGACCUACGGACGCCUGUUCACACAGAACUCGCACGUCUUCCAGGAGCUGUUUGUGGAGCUGCGCAGGUAUUAUUCAGGGGGGAGCGUGAGUCUGACAGAGGUUUUGUCGGACUUCUGGUCCCGACUGGUCGAGCGGGUCUUCACUCUGGUCAACCCUCAGUAUCAGUUCAGCGAUGACUACCUGGAGUGUGUCAGCAAGCAUGCCGAACAACUGCAGCCGUUUGGAGACGUUCCUCGCAAACUGCGUGUACAGGUAUCCAGGGCUUUUAUUGCUGCUAGAGCGCUCUCACAGGGAUUAGCUGCUGGUCGAGAUAUUGUCAACAAAGCCACAAAGAUGACUCCAGACUCUGAGUGCAUGCGUGGCCUAAUGCGUCAGUGGUACUGCCCCCUCUGUCGAGGAAUGCCCUCCCUGCGUCCAUGCCGCGCCUUCUGCCUCAAUGUGAUGAAAGGCUGUUUAGCCAAUCAAGCCGACCUGGACACCGAGUGGGACUAUUUUAUUGAUGCCCUCUACCACGUGGCUGAGAAACUGGAGGGGCCGUUCAACAUGGAGCUGGCGGUGGACUCCAUCUCCGUCAAAGUGUCCGAAGCCAUCAUGCACAUGCAAGAAAACAGUGUCAGCAUAUCUACCAAGGUGUUCCAAGGGUGCGGAAACCCCAGACCUGUUCCAGCACGUUCCAAGCGCUCACCCAAAGAGUCAGGGGGCAACAGGAGGCCUUUCCGCACCUACACCCCCGACGAAAAACCGACCACGGCUGCAGGCACCAACCUGGACCGACUAGUUACGGAACUGAAAGAACGCCUGCGGCCCAUGGGGAGCUUCUGGGUGUCCCUCCCACACACCAUCUGCAACGAUGAAAAAAUGGCCGCCGACGUCACUAAUGAGGACCGCUGCUGGAAUGGGCAGACCAGGGGGAGAUAUCUGCCAGAGGUGAUGGGCGACGGGCUGGCAAAUCAGAUCAACAACCCCGAGGUGGAGGUGGACAUCGGGCGACCCGACGUCAAGACCAGACAGCUGAUCAUGGAGCUAAGGGUGGCUUCCAACAAACUAAGACAUGCACAGAGUGGACAGGACAUGGACUUCAUGGACAGUGAGGAGGGCAGCGGUUCGGGAGGCGACGAUGCCAGCGAACGCUACAACGACGAUUGGCCAGGUUACGGACCUCACUCUCCUCCUUUCAGCAAGCCCCCACGUAACGCCGCCUCUAACCCUGCCAAGCCUCCUCGGGUCCGCGAGAGAAACGGGCCCAAGGGCAACCGGAACCACGGCCGAGUCCCAUCUGCAACAAGUCAGCUCGCUUCCUCCCUGCUUCCUUUUUUGGUGCUACCUUUUGUGCUCAUGAAGGCCCCCUGGUGGAGAUAGUUUCUCAUUGCAUUUGUCAUGAUGGCCAGCCAAGAAUGUUUUUUUUCAUUUGGUUACUUUACCACACACACACACACACACACACACACACACAAAUGAAUAGCACAAAAUGGCUUAUCAUGAUUAUUUAUAACAUCAACUGCACAAGUAUCUACAUUACUGUAUGAACAUAACAUUAAAUCAAAAUGUGCCAACUGGUAAAAUGGGCAGAUUCAUCAUGUUUUGAUGAGGUGUACAUUUUGAGAUAAAAUUCUUGAGCAAUGAAUUCUUCGGCCAUAAUUUUGUUAAAAUCGUGCAUCGCAAUACAUUUGAAUAUAGUAGAAAGGUUUUAUUUAUUUCAGCAGUUCAAUUCAAAAAGUGAAACCUGUGUCUUACACAGAUUAUUAUCAUUUGAUGCAUUGGAAAAUACCUUUAAGAAGGCUAAUGCCUACCUAAUUUCUAUGUUACAAAUGGUUUUGAUAGUUUAUGGUUCAAAUUUUCCCAGAUGGUGACUUGUGGGUUUUGCUCAUCAAAAUAAUGAAAAAUCAUGAAAUGUUUUUAAUCUCUAUAACAGGAAAUUUUCCCUUUUGAAUUUAACUACUGAAAUAAGUAGUGUUGCACAUUUAUUGAGUUGCAUCUCUGUACGGUGGUGCCUUGACUUACAAGCUUAAUUCACUCUUGACCAUCUUUGUAACUCAAAAAUCUUGUAUCACAAAUCAUCAUUCCCCACAAAGUGUUGCUUCACAAUUUGUGUUUAAAUAUCUGUCGCUUAAUGAUCGAUAACAAGACUAUCAUAAAAAACAUUUUUAAGCCCCUCUAAAGUGUUUUCAUGUGUGUGUUAGCAUUAGGCUAGCAGACAGUGCUAAGACAAAGCUGUGUUGUUGUUUUAAACAUGUAUAGUUCUUUGUUUUACGUUUAUUUUGACAGUAAACUCCAUCUGUGUGUGAUAAUAAACAGCUUGACGCCACCUUUUGGGGGAAGAAUUGUUCACAAUGCCAAAAGUCUCCUGAAAGUCAAAACAAAAAAUGGGCUGAAGUAAGUCAAGGUACCACUGUAUUUGAACUACUUAAGUGUUGUGUUCAGGGUUGCCUGUGAAAAAACAAAACACCAAAGGGGUUUGGUUUUUUUCAUGAUGUAUCGAAAUCCCGAUUGGGGUUGCUUAAAACAACAAUAAGUUAAUGUAAAAUGUGGAUACUUUUUAAGUUAUUUUUCAUUUCUAUUUAUAAGACAAGGGUCAAAUGGUUUUACUCUCUAUAAGAAGUGUUUGUGUUAAUCCGCUGGUAAAAAUAAUUGCUGCCAACCAAUUAGAACAACAACAAAGUUAAUAAUUGACAUUAUUAGCAAGAGUGUAAGGUUUUGUAUAUUUUGUGUGCCGCAUGUGAUUUUUUUCUUUUCUUUUUCAUCCACAUUUGGAGCAGAUGUUUGUAUGCUUUUUGUAUAAUAUUGCGCUUUUCUAUGUAUUUUUCCUAAAAGUAACAAAAUGUGAAGAUAGUGAAUGAGGUACAAAUUCUGUCCAUGAGUUAAUUUUCAUCCAGUGCCGAAUGUAUUUUGAUAAAGAAAAAGGUGGAAAGUGUUGUUUGUGCAACUCGGAAUGUACAUGUGAUAAACCCAAAGGAGUACAGAAAUGACGAGAAAAAGAUUAUAUAGAUGAGUGGUGGGUAAUCUGUGGCUCGUGGGCCAUAUACAUGUCGUGAAAUUAUAACAAGCCCUACAAAAUUUAACCUGCAAAUAUUAAUAAUACAUAAAAAAAUAAGCAUUUGUUCACAACAAACUUUUCCAUGUUUCGUCAAACAUUUCAUCAUGAAUUUGAUCUGGCUCUGGGAGGACCAUUAAUACUUGACAUGGCCCCCGAAAGGAAAAAGGUUCCCCACCCAGGAUGGAUGACAUGUGGAGACAUCUCAGUUUAGCAGUCAUGUUAAAGCGAUGUUUACAUUACGUUCCUAGUGGCCACAAGAGCCCCAUUGCAUAAAAUGUGGUAUGCCAUGGGACAAUAUUUGAAAAAAAAAAUCUCACAUCCCUGAGAAUGUGAGAUAAAUAUGCUGUCUGGCUCACUACAGACCAUCAAAUUGUGUUACUUGUGUUACACUCUGUUAUGUAUGGUCAGUUUUGGUAGUGUGCAACAUUUUCUACGGCCGACGAGGUUUUUCAUCUGCACCAUGACAACUGUGGAAAAUGUUCUGAGAGUUUAAAUGUCUCGACGGGCAACCACGGUAAACACGGCCUGUAACGUUUACCUAUCUCCCGUCCCUCCCCACCCAACCCUGUGUUGUCUCAUGAUCAUGAAGGCUUGUCCAUGGGGGCCCAAUCCAACCAAUCCCCCAGGGAAUAUGGGGAUGCAAUAUGUUUAAAGAACAGUGUUUAAAGGCUACAUAUGGAAUUUUGAAAGUCAACAAGCAUUGUGGAUUGUAUUGAAUUCUGGAGGUUCCACUGUAGAGCAGCAGUGUUGUUGUCCUUUCGCCUUGUCCGACGGUGAUACACUCGAGUACUGUAGACAAAUGUUCAAGAGAACGGUCUUCGAAAGCACAAUUGUCUUUCAUGUUGUUGUUACACUUUGUUUUGAACGAACACACAAGUGAUAUUUUUUGCGUCAUUAAAAAAAUAAAAUAAAAU